UGUGUGUGUGUGUGUGUGUGUGUGAUUGCGCGUGCGCGUACAGGGCUCCUCACGUAGAUCUGACGGAUCGGUUUAUCCCAGCUGUUAGUGUUUAGCCUUGAUUAGCCCAGAUCAGUUUAGUCCGGCAUCGGUAUGUCGUCCAGUCCGCAGGUCCAGACCCAGGAACCAAACCAGGAUCAGACCCAGGAACCGAACCAAGAUCAGAACCAGGAUAAUACGAAGGAGGAGGUGAAGGCGGAGGAGAAAGAAGAGAAAAAGGAGGAGAAACAGGAAAAGAAGGACGACAAGAAAGAAGCGAAUGAAGCGAAAAUGGAGAAGAAGAAGGAGGAGAAGCAGGAUUCCUGGAAGGAUUUCAUCUACAACCCGCGGACCGGGGAGUUUCUGGGCCGAACCGCUGGCAGCUGGGGUCUCAUCCUCCUCUUCUACCUCAUCUUUUAUGGUUUCCUGGGGGGAAUGUUUUCUCUCACCAUGUGGGUGAUGUUGCAGACGCUUGACGAAAAUGUGCCCCGACAUCAGGAUCGAGUGGCCAGUCCAGGUUUGGUGAUUCGUCCUCAUGCAGUUGAAAUUACUUUCAACCGCAGUGACCCAGAAAACUACAAACAUUACAUGCAACAGUUGCACAACCUCCUGCAAAGUUAUAAUGACAGUAUUCAGGAGCGUAAUGACUUGUGUAUGGUGGGCGAAUACACUACACAGGACAAUGAGCCGAUAAAGAAGGUUUGUCAGUUUAAACGAAGUACACUGCGUCAGUGUUCUGGUUUGCCUGACCCCAGCUUUGGGUUCAAGGAGGGGAAACCCUGCAUCAUAAUCAAGCUGAACCGGGUAAUCGGCCUGAAACCAGAAGGAGAUCCCUACAUCAACUGCACUGCCAAGAGAGCGACUUCCUUGCAGAUGCAGUACUUUCCGUCUGAGGGUCGUCUGGAUAAGAUGUUUUUUCCAUACUACGGGAAGAAGUCUCACCCUGACUACGUGCAACCGCUUGUUGCAGUCAAGUUAUUGUUCACAAAAGAAGACUAUAACAUCGAGCAGACGGUGGAGUGUAAAGUUGAGGGUUCUAACCUCCGCAAUGAUGAUGAGCGAGACAAAUUUCUGGGUCGCGUCACUUUUCGGGUCAAAGUGUCAGAGUAACCAGACAUGACAAUUGCCAUGAACACCACAAACUGGGUUUACACUGGCAAUUGGUCUCCAGUUCUGGAUACUUUUUAACAUGGACCUGAUCUUAUCUCUGUCUGUUCAGACUCUAAAGAAGUGAUCAAAUCUGGAGAAGUGGGAGAUUUCACUGGUUUUACUGCCUAUAUCUUUCAGACCUCCUGUUUCAGACAUAGUUAACCCCAACAGAUGUUUUAUUUGCUCCAGAUCUGCAUUUUAUUAAAGAGAAAACCAGAGUAACUGACUGUAGUAGAGUCUGUUCUGACAGCUGGAGCAGAUCAGGUCUGCUGUGGGGCGCAUGUAAGCCAGCGGCACAAUGAUGUGUUGUUUUUAAAUUUAUGUAUGUUAGUGAUGUAAUAAAACAGUAAUAUUAUACCUGCCAUGUCUGACAGAGGAGUGCAACACACUGAAAUGUAGUUUACAUGUGACCUGGUGGUUGGUAAUCAGAUUACCUACCAUCCAACCAGAUAAUGCAACAGGAACUGCCUUUGAAAUAUUCAUUGUACUGCAGUGAAGAACUGUGACUGUCAUUAAUUACGUCAAAUAAUGUUAGAUCCCAUUUCUUCUGCUUUGUGUUCUGAUGCAGUCUACAAAGAGCCCAUUUAGUUCCUGUUACCCACUGUAUUGAAAUUGGCUGCUGUUUAUCUAAAGGGUUCACAUAAGUUCAUUCCCAGGAAAUAGGACUGAGUGCCCAAAAGACCAAAUUUUGUUAAGAUACAAAAAAUACAGCAUUAAAUUUGACUGAAAUAAAAAACUUUUCUUCUUCAGUUUUUCACAGUUAAACAUGAAUAGAAAUAACACUGCCUGUCCUGCUGUCAUAAACAUGGCCAGAAGCUGUCACUGUUUUGUCAUAAAUCAUGUUUGCAGAAUUUCUUCAGAUUCUUUUUCAGUAUAAUUUAUUAGAUAUUUGUAAAAAGUUCUCCAGUGUUUAUUAAGCAUAGAAUUUUUUUUUUAGAAAUGUGAAUAAUGUGUAACUGUAAUAACUAGUGUUUUGGGACUAUAGAAACAGAUGAAACCAGCAGAGCUUUUCACCUUCAUCACAUGUCAUUGUUUAUAUAUAUAUAUAUAUAUAUAUAUAUACCAUUUUUUACAAAAUAUUCUGAACAAAAGGCACCACUUGAACGUUGUAAAACCAUGUUUGUUUCUGGAUGAUCAAAAACAGGAAACCUAAUGACACAUACACUGCUGGAAAUAAAACGAAGCUCUAACACUU